AUGGCAACUUGUUUGCCUGUUCCAGUGCUUGAGAUGAAUGACAGUCAGGCCCUGGGCGCAGGGAGGGAGGGAGAAGAGACAAAACCACGGAAAACAUUCCCCUGUCCGCUGUGUGAGAAAAUCUUCUUCACUGCGGACAAACUAACAGCGCACUCCUAUUCACACACCGGAGAACGUCCGUAUAUCUGCUCCCAACAUGACUGUGCCAAAGCGUUUAUCUCCAAAUAUAAACUGAUAAGACACAUGGCUACCCACUGUCCUCAGAAGUCUCACCGGUGUUCAUAUUGUGAGAAGAUGUUCCACAGGAAGGAUCACCUUAAGAACCAUCUUCAGACCCAUGACCCAAACAAGACCCUGCUCAGGUGUGAAGAGUGUGGCAAGAGGUACAACACAAAACUGGGCUACAGGCGGCACCUGGCAUUGCACUCGGCUGCCAGCGGUGACCUGACGUGCGGAGUGUGCGCCCGCGAGUUUGGGCGGACUGACCAGCUGCUGGAGCACCUGAAGGGCCAUGCAGGUAGGCUCGCCAACAGCGCCAGGGAGAAACGGCACGCGUGCGAUCGCUGCGAGCGGCGCUUCUACACCCGCAAGGAUGUCAGGCGGCACACAGUGGUCCACACGGGGCGCAAAGACUUCCUCUGCCAAUUCUGUGCCCAGCGCUUUGGCCGGAAGGAUCACUUGACGCGGCACACCAAAAAAAGCCAUGCUCAGGAGCUGCCGAGAGGGAAUUUGGUGGCUCACGGGAUGGUUGAGCCGUUGAAUGGCGGCUCCCCCAUCUCCCUGAAAGAGGAGGUUGGCACCUUAUGGCCUGAUCCUCUGGGUGAGCCGGUGCAAAAAGACAAUGCAAGCGUGAGACCUGAACUCUACACCCACCCAUUGCCAUCUGGCCAUCACCCAAGAAGGCCUCACCACAUGGUACCCAGCUCACUGGCAACAAGGUCGGGUUGCAUAGAGACACCAGCGCCGAUUCUUUCUCCUUCCACACCACCUCCUACAAGCCGAUGUAUGCAACUCUCCCAAUACCAACUCAAUACUACUUCAUAUAACCCCUUGCCUAGCAAAGACCAGUCUCUAAAGGUUGGCACAAGGGGCUACAACAUGGAAUUGUCGGGAGAUAUACCAGGGCUUCAAUCCCAAUCGGCAGCUGGUAAGGAAAGCUCGGAUAUCAGAUUAGAAACCUUGAGUGCUUCCUUGGACAACACAGGCUGUACCAGCACCAUGCAUAAAGAUGCCAAGCCCUUGAACAUGAGUUCCAUGGACAUCUCCCAUUUGCUUGGACUCUUGCCCACACCUCCUGGUGCCAGCCAACCUCCAGAUGGUGAUGCGGGGCUGUCGUAUGGCCAAAGGGAGGCUGGGCAGAGAAUGGCUCCCCUCGAGGGGCAGCAGCCGGAUGGGGGGCCUUCAGUGGCCAGUUUGAGCUUGACCCAGCUUCAUCGGGUUUCGACACCCUUUCCCUCCACCGUCGCACCUACUCCACUGCCCCGCUUUCACCAAGUAUUUCAAUAA